UGUCUGCUGUAUUACUCUCAUUAGAGAUCAUACAUUCUCCUACAUCCCAUUCUGUUUAGUUAAUUUACUUCUUUUCCCCAGAGAAAAAAAAAACAGCCAGAUUAAAAACUAUAAGUGUUUAAAUUACAACUACAACUGUGCUAUAAAUGUAGCUAACUUAAUUAAUUAUAAGCAGUAUCAUUAAUUAUUAUUAUUAUUAUCAUCAUUUAUUUAAUUUGUAUUUAUAUAUUUAUGUUUUAAUGCUACGAGAAGGAAUUAACCUGCUCUCACAAUUCACUGAUGUAACAGGCAUGUUUCACUUAACAAGAUACAAAUUCACAAAUAAGUCUAGUUCAUCACACACACACAUCAGAUUUACAGCAUGUGUACUAAUGUGUACUUACGGCGGUGGAAUAUUUGUGUUAAUUUACAGAACCUACUAUUAUGACGAUUUGCCUUUAAGCACGUCACCACGUAUGCGAGUUCUCAUCCAAAUGAGCUGACCAGUGCAGCGUCUGUCAGAGCGCUCGACCCUGCAGAGAGAGCAAAAAGGGUUCUGGGUGAUAAUAAAAAUGCCUCCUCCAAACAAUUGCCACCACAACCCAAAUGAAGAUGAAGUGGAUUCCCUCACCAGUCCUUUGUACUUCUUGGAUCAGAACUACCAGGAGCUUCAGCAGAAGUGUCUAACUGAAAGCACACUGUACAGCGAUGAGCUGUUCCCUCCAGACAACAGCUCUAUUGGCCUGUUUGAUGAAGUGCCUCCAGAGGUGGACAUGUCCCAGAUUGUGUGGAAGCGGCCAUCUGAGUUGGUGUCGGACCCUAACUUAAUUGUGGAUGAUGUGUCCAGGUUUGACUAUGCACAGGGGAGUGUAUUAGGAAAUUGUUGGUUCUUGGCUUCGAUCGGGGCUCUAACUUUUGAGAAGGACAUCAUGAAACAAGUCCUGCCAGCUGAACAGUCAUUCACCAAGGAUUAUGCUGGGAUUUUUCAUUUCAGGUUCUGGCGGUUUGAAAAAUGGAUUGAUGUUGUUAUUGAUGACCAGCUUCCAACUAUUGAUGACGAACUGCUUUUUGUGUGUUCAAAAACGUCGAAUGAGUUUUGGCCUGCCUUACUGGAGAAAGCUUAUGCCAAGGUGUGUGGGUCCUAUGCUGACUUGAACGCUGGCUUCAUUUCUGAGGCCCUAAUGGACUUCACUGGUGGGACGCAUAUGUAUUACACACUGAGUUCAGCUCCUGCUGACUUGUGGAAAAUCAUGGAAUGUGCAUUUAUAUCAAAGACGCUUAUUGGUUGCGGUUCCAAUUCAGAGGGUUCACCUGAAGAAAAUGAGUUACUGCAUGGCAUAAUUGCAGACCAUGCUUACACUGUGACCGGGGUAUUUGAGGUAAUAAGUGAGGAAAACCCAGUUCAGCUGGUGAGACUGUUAAAUCCAUGGGGUGAAGAAGAGUGGCAAGGAGACUGGAGUGAUGAGUCACCUUUGUGGGAGACGGUUUGUGAGGAGGCCCGCAAAUGUUGCCGUGAAGUUUUAAAUGAUGGGGAGUUCUGGAUGUCGAUGGAAGACUUCACCAGACUUUUUGAAAGCAUAGAUAUCUGCUGUCUCUGUCCUGAUUUUCUGGAUGGUUCCUCUGAUUGCCACUGGACCUCCAAACGCCAUUUUGGCAGAUGGAAUGCAGAGAAAUUCAUGUAUAAUACUUUCAUACACCACCUUACAGCUGGUGGUGACAUCAUUAAGACAGAGACCUUCUGGAAGAAUCCUCAGUUUCGGGUGACAAUUGACGAGCUGAAUGAGGAUUGUGCUAGUGGGCAGCGCCCUGAAAAUAUACUGGUGUCCCUGAUGCAGAACCAUGAGAAGAGAAACAGAAAUAGCCAAGAAAAUUAUGACAUUGGCUUUUAUGUCUUUGAGAUACCAUUAGAGAUGAGACAUCAGAAUGAGAGGUUUGCGAUGGAGUUUUUCGCUGACCGAGAGCCUGUGGCACACACUGAUGAUUUAGUUUGGUUGAGAGAGGUGAUGAAAUUCUUCAGACUGGAGCCAGGGGAGUACCUGAUCGUGCCCUGCACAAAGAAUCCUGGCGAGACUGCCUCCUUCGUCCUGUCUGUCUUCUCAAAGCAUGAAACACACUUAGAGCAAAUUCAAGAGACUACUGAGUAGAAUGGAGAAGUUAUUAGGAGAGGGUGCAGGGCAGAGCCAGCACUGGGCUGCGUUCCACUCCACUUUUAGAAACGAGUUCCCUCGGGGGAAUCCCUAGCUCAAUUUUGAAGUGCAUCCUACUUCAUCAAGUGAAAGAAGAAAGCUUACAUGGACAUACCCUUGAUCCCUCGAAUUUGACCAAGGGAGCAAGUCAGCUUUUGCAUGUCCACUCCAGCACCUAUAUGUCCUAGAAUGCAAUGCGAUUGUGACUUCACAACAGUGUAGUUCCUAUAUGCUCAAGGGUUUAGGGAAGGGGUGUCCAAACUCGGUCCUGGAGGGCCGAUGUCCUGCAUAAUUUAGUUCCAACCCCAG